AUGAGCGAUCACAAAGAAGCUGUCGACGAGUUCACCCACGACAUUGCCAUUGAGAUAUCCCGUGCACUCAACAUUACCAAUCCAAACGACUUGUUGGCCAAACGAGUCAUUCAACAGGCGAAAAACAACAAGUUUGACAAGUUUGCCGAUGCAUGCCAGACAUUUGGUCGAUUCAAGCGAGAGUUCUUGCUGGAGAUUUACACAAAGAUCACCAACCACUUGAAGGACACGGCCUUCACUAGUCAAGAAGGUACCGCUGUACGCUCAGCAACCGAUGGUCAACGUGGCGAGGUCUUGAUGCUAGGGAACAACCUUCCUGGAGGCCUUAUCAGUCGCAACAAGUCAUCCAAAACAGACGACCAACGGCCCAUUUUCAAAGCUCCCGAACCCAAGGCAUCCGUAUUUGGUCUUGACAAGUUGGCUGAAAAGAAACGUGCUGCAAAGAAGGCCGAAGAGCGUGCGCAAAAGAGAGUCAAAGUAUCUUAUUGGGAUGAUGAAGAAGGGGAAGAGAACAAAGAUGAUACAGAAAUCACCAAAAGUCGACCCAAGUAUCGAGGAAAUCAUUUGGAGCCAGCAUCCCCUGAUCGCCGUGAUGAUAGACGUCGCAGGGACGAUAGAGACAAGCAUCGAUCAAGCAGACGUCAUGAUGAUUCGCGAUCGAGUCGCCGUGAUCAAGAGAGUAGUCGACGAGAAUAUGAUGAUCGAUCCUCCAGCAACAGACGUGAUGAACGACCGCAUACACCAGCAUCAACACCAGGACGUGAUGGCUCUGAAACACCUCGUCGUGGCGGUUUGAUUAAACGAAGUCAAUGGGCAUCAAUGACACCUCGAAGUCGUAUGGAGCCUCCUACACCACAACGAUCCACCAAUGGACGUAGUACAGAUAGCGGCUUGGGUCGAUCCAUUGGAAGUCGAUCGACAUGGGACUCUACGCCUUCCAUUCGAUCCAGUGUAUAUGAUGAAGUAGCCUUGGAAUACCCUGAGGAAUAUCCUGGUGAUGAAGAAGAUCGAAGGAGGUGGGAAGAGGAACAAGCACAAUUGGAUCGAGAUUGGUACUCGAUGGAAGAAUCAGGGGCUAUGGAUGAGACACACAAUCCGUUUGCAGAAUACGAGGCAACGACCAAAUUGCAGGAUGAAUCAUUGGAACAAAAGCAGAUCAAGAAACUCUCUGCUCGACAAGCUCAAUACAACAAGGACACUGAAAUGUGGGAGACAAGUCGAAUGUUGAGUAGUGGUGUUGCCCAACGUCGUGAAGUGGAUACGGAUUUUGAUGAAGAUAGUGAGAACCGAGUCCAUGUUAUGGUGCAUGAUAUCAAGCCUCCUUUCUUGAGUGGACGUGUGGUGUUUACAAAGCAGCUGGAGGCUGUUCAGCAUGUUCGUGAUCCAACUUCAGACAUGGCAAUCUGUGCCAAAAAGGGAAGCCGACUUGUACGAGAAAAGCGUGAGCAAGCUGAGCGUGCCAAGGCAACCAAGUUUGAGUUAGCUGGUACCACUCUGGGCAAUGUAAUGGGCGUAAAGAACAAUCCAAAUGAAGAGGAACAGCAAGAUGAAUCAACGGGCGAUUCCAAGUUUGCAUCUCAUCUCAAAGCGUCUGAAGCAUCCAGUGACUUUGCAAGGACCAAAUCUAUGCGAGAACAAAGAGAAUUUUUGCCAGUGUUUGCCGUCAGAGAGGAUCUCUUGCGUGUUGUCAGAGACAAUCAAGUGGUCAUCAUUGUUGGUGAAACUGGUUCAGGCAAAACUACUCAACUGACACAGUACCUGCAUGAAGAUGGUUAUACAAAGUAUGGAAAGAUUAGCUGUACACAACCUCGUCGUGUGGCAGCAAUGUCCGUGGCCAAGCGUGUUGCCGAGGAAGUUGGGACUAAGCUUGGUGAUCUCGUGGGUUAUUCAAUCCGUUUCGAAGACCAAACAUCCGAGAAUACAAUGAUUAAAUAUAUGACGGAUGGUAUCUUGCUUCGAGAAUCAAUGAACUCUCCCGAUUUGGACCAAUACAGUGCUAUCAUUAUGGACGAAGCUCACGAACGUGCAUUGAAUACCGAUGUGUUGAUGGGUCUUCUUAGAAAAGUCAUGGCGCGUCGAAGGGAUCUCAAGCUUAUUGUUACAUCCGCUACCAUGAAUGCUGACAGGUUUGCCCAAUUCUUUGGCAAUGCACCUUGCUUUUAUAUACCCGGUCGAACCUUCCCUGUCGAUGUCAUGUUUAGCAAGACCCCAUGCGAGGAUUAUGUGGAUAGCGCUGUGAAGCAAACUCUUGCCAUUCAUCUUUCACAACCUGCUGGCGAUAUCCUAGUGUUUAUGACUGGUCAAGAAGACAUUGAAGUUACAUGUACAGUAUUAAAAGAGCGUCUGGAACAGCUCGAGAAUCCACCCCCACUUGCCAUCCUUCCCAUUUAUUCCCAGCUGCCAGCUGAUUUGCAAGCCAAGAUCUUUCAGCGGUCUGAAAACAAUGCCCGAAAAGUGAUUGUCGCCACAAAUAUUGCUGAGACGUCUUUGACCGUUGAUGGUAUCAUGUAUGUGGUGGACACUGGUUAUUGCAAGCUUAAGGUGUACAACCCUCGUAUUGGUAUGGAUGCCUUGCAAGUGACACCUAUUAGUCAAGCCAAUGGCAAUCAACGUAGUGGUCGUGCUGGUCGUACCGGACCUGGUGUUGCUUACCGCCUGUAUACCGAAGAAGCUUAUCGUACUGAAAUGUUUAUGAACACCAUUCCUGAAAUCCAACGUACCAACCUUGCAAGCGUUGUGCUCCAGCUCAAAUGUCUUGGUGUCAAGAACCUGCUUGAUUUCGAUUUUAUGGAUCCACCUCCUCAGGAAAACAUCUUGAAUUCCAUGUAUCAGCUGUGGAUUUUGGGUGCGUUCGAUAACAAUGGUGAUCUCACUCCUAUUGGCCAAAAGAUGAAUGAAUUUCCAUUGGACCCAUCGCUUGCCAAAAUGCUGAUUACGGCUGAGGAGCAAGGUUGUACAGCUGAAGUAGUUACGAUUGUAUCGAUGCUUUCAGUGCCAUCCGUAUUCUAUCGACCCAAGGAGCGUAUGGAAGAGAGCGAUGCAGCACGUGAGAAGUUCUUUGUACCUGAAAGUGACCAUCUUACAUUAUUGCACGUGUAUACACAAUGGAAGUCAAACAACUAUCGCGAUGACUGGUGCAAUAAGCAUUUCAUCCAUUCGAAGGCUAUGCGCAAAGCUCGGGAAGUACGAUCACAGCUCAUUGACAUUAUGAAGAGCGUAAAGAUGCCCUAUGUAUCAUGCAACACGGAUUGGGAUAUCAUUCGUAAAUGUAUUUGUUCAGCUUACUUCCAUCAAGCUGCACGUGUCAAGGGUAUUGGCGAGUAUGUCAACUGCAGAACGGGUAUGAAGUGUCAUUUGCAUCCUACAAGUGCUCUCUUUGGUGCUGGUUUUACUCCCGAUUAUGUCGUAUAUCACGAGCUGGUGCUCACCUCCAAGGAAUUCAUGCAAUGCGUCACCUCUGUGGAUCCUUAUUGGCUUGCCGAAAUGGGCCCAAUGUUCUUUUCCAUUCGUGAACGUGAUGUUCGUUAG